CGGACAUAUAGUGCGUUUGAUUUAAAAUAGUGCUUGGCUCCUCGUAUCUGUAGGCUUAACCUUGCGAAAAAUGGCAGUCGUGUGUGGGGGGGAGCCUCUUAUUUUCAUCUGACGAGUUAUGCGCGUGUGCCAUCUAGCAUACGCAGAAGAGCCGGUAAUCAUUUUGUUUGUGCUGGUAACUAUCUCGGACUUGACUGGUCUACGCAGUAGAUGAAACAUAUUGGCGGAACUGCAAAGAAGAACUCGCUGUGAAGAUGAGUGCUGACAGUGGUGCAAGUGGUGAUGUGGCUCUCGGCUCGGAGGCUGACGCCGACGAACGGCCUAAGCAUAGCAAGAGCCCAGGGGAUGUGGACGGGAGAUUGAUGAGGAAAGAUGACAGCGGCAUCGGUAGUGAGCCAGCUGAUGACCGGCCUGAAGGGCCUGCCCGUGCGUCUAACGGAGGGCAGGAGAGCCCAGACUCAGGAAACCAGGACUGUGCCGAGGCAGGGGCCUCGGAGCUUCAGGAGGCUGCUGGCACAGCCGAGAAAAGGCCUACAACAGAAACGGAGGACGACAGCGACGGCUUUCCAGAGGAGAAGAAGCAAAAAACCGAGGAGAAGAAAACGCGCAGGCUACUCAAUCUGCUUGGCCGAACGCGACGGUCGGGUUCGGCAUCCGAGGACACCACCACCAGUGGUGACACGACCAGAGAAGGUGGAAGCAGCAGUUUCUUCACAGAGGACUCCGAUGACAACAUCUCCGUAAACAGUGAUGACACCUUCCACAUGGUGCAAGAUGACCGAGAAGAGGACGACGCUGAGAGCUUACAGGGCAACUACGAUCCAACGCCCAACACCCCUGCGCCCACGUACAAGUGGCUGGUCUGGGAAGCCCUUACUCGGCGCGAGUACGGUCGGAAGGGGGCCGCUUCGCACGUGGACAAGUUUCGCUUGGACUGUUAUGGCAGCCGGCGCAUAGUGGAGCGGCUGGAGCUCAUGUACAAGAUGCACGCCCACGACGGUUGCGUCAAUGCACUGCACUUCAACUCGACGGGCACCCGGCUGGCCAGUGGAUCGGACGACCUGAGCGUCGUCAUCUGGGACUGGGCCACGGGCGAGCCCGUGCUCAAGUACGACAGUGGUCACCGGAGCAAUGUGUUUCAGGCCAAGUUUGUACCUAUGACCGGUGACUGCUACAUAGUGAGCUGCGCUCGUGAUGGUCUGGUUCGGUUGGCGGAACUUUCCUCAACGGGCGUCUGCAAGACGACCAGGAGACUCGCUCAGCAUCGUGCCACUGCCCACAAGCUUGCCAUUGAGAACGACUCACCGCACACGGUUCUCAGCUGCGGCGAAGACGCUUACGUUUUUGGCAUUGAUCUGCGGAAAAGCUCACCCGACAAACUAGUCCUAGUAAAGGAAAACGACAAGAAGGUUCCCCUUUACACAAUAUUUAUUAACCCAACCAAUCCAAAUGAGUAUGCCGUCGGAGGUCGAGACCACUACGUCAGAGUUUACGAUCGAAGACUCACGAGAGAAGAUUCUAAUCCAAUGAAGAAAUUUUGUCCUCACCAUUUGAUGAAUUGUGAUGUGCGAGCCAGUGUUUCCUGUUUGGUUUACAACUACGAUGGCUCUGAAAUACUGGCUUCCUACAAUGAUGAGGACAUUUACAUUUUCAACUCUAAGCAUUCUGAUGGAGCUGAAUUUGUGCACAGAUACAAAGGCCACAGAAACAGCCAGACAGUGAAAGGCGUCAACUACAUGGGUCUACGGAGCGAAUACGUCGUCAGUGGAAGCGACUGUGGCUAUAUCUACCUUUGGGACAAAGAGAGCGAGCACAUUAUUCACUCCAUGCAUGGCGAUGAAGAAGGCGUGGUCAACUGCUUGGAACCCCAUCCUAGCUGCCCUAUACUGGCCACGAGCGGGCUUGACGAAGAUGUCAAGAUAUGGGUGCCUUCCUGCGAGAACCCUCCAGACAUGUCGGACCUGAAAAUGAGGGUGUGCAAGAACAUGAAAGAGCGAGAAGAGGAGAGGAAGCGGGAAGGGCAUGAAGCGAUCGACAGUCAAAUGUUGUGGUACCUGAUGCAGCAACUGCAUCGAUCGGCUCAGAGUCGAGCGCGCAGCGACAGAGGCGGCGGCGCCGACAGCAGCACCGACAGUGACAACACUGAUGACGACGACGACAUGGACACUCAGCACUCAGUGCAGUGCGUGCAGUCGUGAUGUGCGCGAAGGUGCCGCCCCAGCCUACGACGACGAAGAUUGUUUUUCGUGUGAUGAAAAAGACUGUGUGCAAUGAACACUUGAUCCUGCAAGCGUUGUUUGCUUUGUCGUUGAUUAAACGAUUAGUACUGUGUGUUUUCCCUGUGCUUACAAAGAAGAAGCGAUUGUUUCGUCGAAGGGUCGCACAGCUGUACCCUUUUCUUUUGUACUAGCAUAGGAGAGGAGCGCUGCACAAAAUGUGAAUACUUAUACAUACAAAAGAAGCAUGUCUCUGUACAAAACAACAGCUCACAUUUGAAUGAUAACAAGCGCCCAUUCACACGUCACUUACAAUUCACUGGUGUUUGUCAAUAAAACAUUUGUUCUUUUGAUUCUAUUUACAAAAACAAGAAACUUUUAUUGUACCAAAUACAGGUGGACAUUUGUUGCAAGGAGUACUAAAGUUGAUGCAUUGCAACGCUGAACAUACAUUGUUGGCUUCUGUCAUAUUGGUGCAAAAAGCCGAGAUAUCAGCCCUUGAGAGUACCGUAAGUGCAGUUCUUUCUGUAAAGGAGUGUUAGUUAAAUAAAGUCUUUCUUGAGGUUGUUUCUGAUU